CGCACGAACUGCCGCCCAGCCAGAGCUAGGCGGACGCCGCCGCGAUGCUGCGGGGCGGACCGCGCGGGCAGCUCGGCUGGCACCGCCGCCUUGCACGGCCGAGCAGCCUGCUGGCUUGGCUGAUGCUGGCAUCUGCGGGCGCUGCAUCUUGCCCCGAUGUCUGCUGCCCCUUUGGCCCCUCGGGGCUGCGCUGUUCCAAGGCUGGGACCCUCCAUAGCCUCCGCCAACUGCCGACCGCCGAGAACCUGACAGAGCUCUACGUGGAGAAUCAGCAGCAUCUACACGGCCUGGAGCUCGGUGACCUGCAGGGCCUGGGGCAGCUAAGAAACCUCACCAUCGUGAAGAGUGGGCUCCAUUUUGUGGCACCAGAUGCCUUCCAUUUGACUCCUCGGCUCAGUCGCCUGAAUCUCUCCUUCAAUGCCCUGGAGUCUCUCUCCUGGAAAACCGUGCAGGGCCUCUCCUUACAGGAGCUGGUCCUGUCGGGGAACCCGCUGCGCUGUUCCUGUGCCCUGCACUGGCUGCAGCGCUGGGAGGAGGAGGGGCUCGGCGGCGUGCGUGCCCAGAGGCUGCAGUGCUCGGGACCCAGAGAGCAGCCCCUGGCCCUCAGUCACAACACCAGCUGCGGUGUGCCCACGCUGAAGGUCCAGAUGUCCAAUGCCUCAGUGGAAGUUGGGGACAAUGUGUUGCUGCAGUGCCAUGUGGAGGGGCAGGGCCUGCAGCAGGCUGGAUGGAUCCUCACGGAGCUGGAGGGAUCAGCCACAGUGACGAAAUCUGGGAAUCUGCCGUCCCUGGGGCUGACCCUCGCCAAUGUCACCAGUGACCUGAACAGGAAGAAUGUGACGUGCUGGGCAGAGAAUGAUGUGGGCCGGGCUGAGGUCUCUGUCCAGGUCAACGUCUCCUUCCCAGCCAGUGUGCAGUUGGAUACAGCGGUGGAGCUACAUCACUGGUGCAUCCCCUUCUCCGUGGACGGGCAGCCGGCGCCCUCCCUACGCUGGCUCUUCAAUGGCUCCGUGCUCAAUGAGACCAGCUUCAUCUUCACUGAGUUCCUGGAGCCAGCCUUGGCCAAUGAGACCAUGAGGCAUGGCUGCCUUCGCCUCAACCAGCCCACCCACGUCAAUAAUGGCAACUACACGCUGCUGGCCACCAAUCCCUAUGGCCAGGCCGCCGACUACGUCAUGGCUGCCUUCAUGGACAACCCCUUUGAGUUCAACCCCGAGGACCCCAUCCCUGUCUCCUUCUCCCCAGUGGACACUAACAGUACCUCCAGAGACCCAGUGGAGAAGAAGGAUGAGACGCCUUUUGGGGUUUCCGUGGCCGUCGGCCUGGCCGUCUUUGCCUGCCUCUUCCUUUCUGCGCUGCUCCUUGUGCUCAACAAAUGCGGACGGAGAAACAAGUUUGGGAUCAACCGCCCUGCUGUGCUGGCUCCAGAGGAUGGACUGGCCAUGUCUCUGCAUUUCAUGACAUUGGGUGGCAGCUCUCUUUCUCCUACUGAGGGCAAAGGCUCCGGGCUCCAAGGUCACAUCAUUGAGAAUCCACAAUACUUCAGUGAUGCCUGUGUCCAUCACAUCAAGCGCCGGGACAUCGUGCUCAAGUGGGAGCUGGGCGAGGGUGCCUUUGGCAAGGUCUUCCUGGCCGAGUGCCACAACCUGCUGCCUGAGCAGGACAAGAUGCUGGUGGCUGUCAAGGCGUUGAAGGAGGUGUCCGAGAGCGCUCGGCAGGACUUCCAGCGCGAGGCCGAGCUGCUGACCAUGCUGCAGCACCAGCACAUCGUGCGCUUCUUCGGCGUCUGCACCGAGGGCCGCCCACUGCUCAUGGUCUUUGAGUAUAUGCGGCAUGGGGACCUCAACCGCUUCCUCCGGUCCCAUGGGCCUGAUGCUAAGCUGCUUGCUGGUGGAGAGGAUGUGGCUCCAGGCCCCCUGGGCCUUGGGCAGCUGCUGGCCAUUGCUAGCCAGGUGGCUGCAGGGAUGGUGUACCUGGCCAGUUUGCAUUUUGUGCACCGGGACCUGGCCACACGCAACUGUCUGGUGGGUCAGGGAUUAGUGGUCAAGAUCGGCGAUUUCGGCAUGAGCAGGGAUAUCUACAGCACUGACUAUUACCGAGUGGGAGGCCGGACCAUGCUGCCCAUCCGCUGGAUGCCGCCGGAGAGCAUCCUCUACCGCAAGUUCACUACGGAGAGCGACGUGUGGAGCUUCGGGGUGGUGCUCUGGGAGAUCUUCACCUACGGCAAACAGCCCUGGUACCAGCUGUCCAACACCGAGGCGAUCGAGUGCAUCACGCAGGGCCGGGAGUUGGAGCGGCCGCGCGCCUGCCCCCCAGAGGUCUAUGCCAUCAUGCGUGGCUGCUGGCAGCGGGAGCCGCAGCACCGCCACAGCAUCAAGGAUGUGCACGCCCGGCUGCAAGCCCUGGCCCAGGCGCCUCCCGUCUACCUGGACGUCCUGGGCUAGGGGCGGCUCCAGGGGCUGGGGGCGCCACCCCCUUAGCCUCUAGCAGCCCCCGGGCGAUCUCCAAGCAUCUAACUCACCCUCAGCAUGCGGGAGGGGCCAGUCGGGGCUGGGAACAGAGGCCUCCUGCUUCCCUAGGCAAGGUUCCGUCACAGCAAUUAUAUUUAUUAUCCCUUG